AUGUCAUGUUUUGUGUUUCAGUGCAUCAAAGUCAACUACAACAAAGACGUUCAGAAUAGGGCCAUAGAAUUCUUAGGAAUAGCAGAACAUCAACCAGUUGACAUUCAUCAAAUUAGCGAGGCAAUGGCAGAUCUAAGUCCUUUAUUAGGCGAGGGUCGCGGACUUCCGGGGCGAGAGGAUGUUGUCCGCUUUAUUCGCGUCAUUGCCACUAUAAUGGUAAAUCAGGUUGACAUACCACAUCCACCAGAACCACCAAGACUAAACGAACACGUACAUGAGUGGUUUGGCCGUGAUGACUCUGAAUUAAAUGAUGGAAAUUUGACACAAUUUGUUGGAGAAGAUGGGAGGACUGUUGACCCCAAGGAAAUCUACAAUAGCUUGAGACAAACAGGACCACAGACUCCAGGAGAAUUUUUCGCAAACUUUAUGACCAUGCUUCUUGUGCAGAGUUCAUCAAAGCAACUCUUGAGCACAACGGAGAACUGCCCGUAG